AUGUCAUGGACACAGGUGAAAAAUUAUGAUAUUCCAAUAUACAUACCAGCCUCAUCGAGAGGAAUGGAUUAUAAGCUAUGUAGACUACCUAAUGGGAUACUGACCAUGGUCAUUUCUGAUCCAUCUAGAGAAAUGGCAUCAUGUUCAUUAUCUGUCGCUACGGGAUCCCACAAUGAUCCGUCAGUGAUUCCAGGUCUUGCACAUUUGUGUGAGCAUAUGAUUUUAAGUGCAGGGUCAAAAAAAUAUCCAGAUCCAAAUUCCUAUCAUAAAUUAAUUUCUGAAAGCAAUGGUUCUCAUAAUGCAUACACAACAGGAGAACAGACAACAUUUUAUUUUGAAAUUCCAUGUUUAUUUACUUCAUCAGAAUCUAAUUUUGAAAGGUUACUUGAUAUUUUCUCUUCAUCUUUUAAAGAUCCUCUGUUUAAGGAAACAUCUGUCAAUAAGGAAAUAUAUGCUAUCGAAAGUGAACAUGACGGGAAUACCUGUAAUCUUACGAAAAUACUAUAUCAUGCCACAAGACUAUUAGCAAAUAGUAAACAUCCAUUUAGUAGAUUUUCAACCGGCAAUAUUACAACACUAGGGAAAGGUGCAAAAUUAUUAAAGACAACUUCAAAAAAAUUAUUAGAAAGUUAUUUUAAAACAAAUUAUAAUGCUUCAAAUAUGACACUUUGUAUUAAAGGACCCCAGUCGGUGAAUGUUCUAACAAAAUAUGCUCUAACAUAUUUUAAUGGUAUAGAUGAUAGUAUUCGAAAUGAUAACACAUUCAUAAAAAGUUUAAAGAGUCCGGUUUAUAUGCACCAAAGGUUUUCAUUUUCAUCAUUGUCACAAGAGUCAGCCAUGUCUAAAGGAAAUGAAGAAGACUGCAGGUUAGAGGACUUUCACAUUCUAUCAAAUGCAUACAAUCCAAAGUACAAGGACAUCAAAUGUUUUAAAAGGAAUCCAAAUCAUAAUGCUAUUUUUAUUAAAUCUACAAAACAACCUAUUCUCAGAUUAUUAUUUCCCAUUGAUAUGGAUGAUGACUAUUUCAAUAAAGAUGAUCUAUUAAGGUUUAUUAUGGUAUGGUGCGAAUUAUUCGGUGAUGAAAAUGACAACUCUUUAUGUUAUUUCUUAAAGAAAGAUAAUUUAAUUACAGAUUGUUUUGCAUUCCACUCAAAUUUUGCACUUAAUAGUGUAGGUUUAGUAGUAGAAUUAAGUCUAACUGGUACCGGGGUAAAAAACCAAGAGCUUAUAAUAAAUUCAAUUUGUAACUCUGCGAUUGAAAAAUUAUCAGAGGCUAAUGACACUGAGCUAGCACGGUUUUUAUCUGAAUGUAAUACCAUUGACAUUAUCAGGUUCAUAAAUAAAGGUAAAGAAGAUACCUCUAUGGAUGAAAUUUCUGAGAUAUCCUCACGGUUACAAGAAAAUUUGGCUCUUAAUAGGCCAUCUUUUUUACUUAAGGAAUUUCCUUUCAUCAAUGACUACAGUGAAACAGGAAUAUCUAAUUUUGAGGAGAAUGAAUGGAGUAAGAAUUGGUGGCUAUCAAAAGCUUACAACUUUCAACAGUUUUUAAAAAGAUACGUUAACAGAAAAAAUCUUAGAAUAUUAUUUCUUGGAGAUAUAGAAACACCAAAAUUUACUACAUUAACAGAAGAUUUAAAGGUAUAUAGUACUGAUCCAUUCUAUGAUUUUGAAUACAUUACAUUUAAGUACAAAUUUAAAGCCAAUCAAUUACGACAAGAAGAUGAUAUAUUUAGAAAUAUCGGAAUCCCAAAGAGGAACACAUUCAUGCCAGAGAUUGGGAAAUCACUUGCAAUCCUUUCUGCAAAUUUGGAAGCUAUAUUAAAGCGUAAUGAGUCAAUUGGAUAUCCAAUUAUUUAUAAUAAUUCUAUAGAGUCCAAACCAGGGCUGGUGCUUAAAAACAGCAAUCAGGAGACGUGGGUUUUAAAUAGUCCUCUUCAACAUUCAAGUACUGAAUCUUCAAUAUUUUCUUUUGAGAUAACUAACUGGUCAAUAAAACCUUCACCUGCUAGUACAAUGCAUUUGGAAGUGUUGGGUCAAUUAUUAGGGAUAUUGAUGACAAGAGAAUUAUAUCCAGCUUUAAGGCUCGGGUAUACUUAUGAAAUAGGUGCUUCGGUCAACGGUGAUGUUAAAUUAAUGAUAACCAUAAGUGGUUUCCAAAGUGGGAUAAUGAGUCUUUUACAAAACAUAAUUAAAAUUUGCAAUAGUAUAUCUAUAAAGAAUCCAACUGUAACACAUUCAGCACUUCAUAGGGCUCGGGUUAUGACAAGAAGAAAGUAUGAAGAUGCAGCAUCAGGUAAUUCUGUAAAACUGGCUUCUGUAGGUUUAUUGAUAAUGUUGGAAAAACAUAUGUGGACUUUGGAAGAUAGAUUUGAUGCUUUGGAAGAAUCUGAUAUAAAUUCUUUCUACAACUUUUGUUCUCAAUUUUUUAAAUCAGCAAAAUAUAUUAAAAGUUUUAUCAGCGGCACUAAUGAAUUAGCUAUGAAGUUGAGCCACUUAAUAUACGAUCAUUGGAUUCUUAGUGAUACAAUUAGUUUAAAUUAUUUUGAAAAAAAUAAUAUUUUAUCAACAUGUUUCCUUAAACCAGGUGAAAAUGUGUAUUUCCAACACCCCGGUGACGAAGGAGAUAUAAAUAAUUGUAUCAACUAUUUCAUUCAAACUGGUGAAAGGAACAAUGAAUACAUAGCAACAUUGACAUCAUUGACGGAUUAUAUUAUGCAGUCAAAUUUAGUUAGUGAAUUAAGAAAUAGAAAACAAGUAGGCUACGUAGUUUUUGGUGGAAUGCGGUCACUUACAAACACAAUUGGACUUCAUAUUACAAUAAUGUCACUUGCCGACCCUGAAGACCUAGAGCGUAGUAUUGAUGAAUAUAUGUGGCGAUUAGAAAAUGAUACUAUUGGAAGUCUUAAUGAAUCAACCUUUAAAUUGACAUUUCUUUUGCCAUUUAUUAAUACCAUGCAAAAAGAUACAAAUAAUCCAUUUAAUAAUGUCACAAAUGUUAAUUUGGUGGAUGACGUAGUAGCAAAUGUCCAAGCUGGUGACUCUGUUAAUUUUGAGACACAACAAAUGAAAUUACAUAACAAUUUAAAGAAAAGAAUAUUCAACAAUAGAAUUCAAUUGAAUUUAAAAUAUAAUGAAGCAAUUGAUUUGAAUAUAAUAAAAAAGUUGACGUUGAAGGAAUAUCUAGAAUUUUUUAGAGCAACUAUCUCGAUCAACUCAAAAAAUAGAAGCAAAAUAUCUAUUCAUAUCAUAAGUCUAAUGGCUAAAGAAGAGAUAGCAAAUAGAAAACUAUUUCUCCAACUAGUAACAUUUUUGAAAGUUAAAGGUUUGACAAUAAAGAGAGAUGAAUUGAAGGAAAUAGUAGAAAUUUCUGAAGGUAAACCCAGUAAAUUAUUGAAAGAAAUUGUAAAAUACUUCAAGAAAAAAGAUGAAGCUAAAAAACUUUAUUUCAUAAUCAUAAAAGAAAUCAUUAAGAUUAUUUCCAUGACUGUAAUUAAUUCAAGUUCAAUAACUACGAAGAGCACCAGCAAGAAGAACAAUUGGCAAACUGAACCUAUUAAGUCUGCAUUGCCAUUAGUUCUAGUAAAUGAUAUAAAAGCAUAUAAGUAA